ACGCGUCGCACACGUGAAGGCUGUUUAAUCGCGUCUGAACGAAGGCGGCGCGGCGGCGGGGCGGCGCCCGAGCGGCAGUCGCGCUUCAAGCCCCAGAGGGGCUGUACGUGUCCUCGCACCCGCUCGCGACUUAUGUAACCAACCGCACGGUGAGUCCGCAGCCUCCGAACUCCUCCCCCACAUCGACCCCGCGGCUCGAACCCACGCUCUCCGACUCGCGCCCGACUCAUAUCGACUGAUAACCUCGCGCCCGCCCGUCUACACUCGCCUCGUGCACUGACCGUCAGCUGAGAGAUGACAUAAUCGAUGCAAUAACUUGAAAAGAGGCACGACAUAACAAUAUUAAUAUAUCCCAAGUAAUAAUUAGACUACCGGAAAAAUAAUUCGAUUAGCACACAAAGCGCCUUCAAUCAAUAUCUCAAUUACUUUAGUUAGAAUAAAUUAAGUAGGUAAUUAGUGUAGGUUCACAAGUGCCAAUCGAAGGGUCGUCAGACGUGCAUCCGGAGCCACGUCUAACGAGGGUGAGGUUGAUACGUGUGGUCGCGCUCGAUGCGUGCGUGUGAGGCGCGCGUCGGACCGAGGGCGUGAGAGAGUGGCGCGCCGUGCGCGUGGUACCGGCAAGAUUGAGGUGGUGGGGGGGUGCGGUUGGGGUAGGCGCGCGCGCGUGCGGCCGCUGCACGCGCUGGGUCGCGCGGCCGGCAUGCUGGCCUCGCAGCGCUCGCAAUCCUGCAACGAAGAGGGCGCGUUCUUCGGAGCGCGUGCGUUGCGCCGGCCGCGAGGCAAAGGCAGUGGAAGUCCAACCUGCUAGGGGUACGCCAUGUCGCUGCGCAGCCUGCACCGGCGGCUUUCGUCCGCAAACAACACAUGUGAUGAUGGUGGAGGCGGCGCGGCGACAGGUACCGGGGGUCGGGCAGCGUCGUUGCGGCUCGCGAACGGGCGGGUCGCGGCGCAAUCGGCGGAGCAGCUGCCCCACUCGCCGGCGGAUUGCGCUUCGGUGCGCAUUUCCAUCGACAACACCAACACCUGCUGCACCGACUCGCUCGUCACCGCACUCGACGACGAGACGUUACUAUUAGGCGACGCCGAUAUGUCGCUGAAGCAGGGCAGCGGCACCGGCAAAGUACACUUCGGUGGCCUGGACGAUGUGUCCUUGUACGGAACGCCAGUGGAACCAGCACCGCCGGCGCCGGACGCAAAGCAGGGCUUCCUGCGGAACCAGUUGCAAGCCCUCUUCCAGCCCACCGACAACAAACUCGCGAUGAAACUAUUCGGCUCAAAGAAGGCACUUAUGAAGGAGCGCAUCAGACAGAAGGCGGCGGGACAUUGGGUCAUCCAUCCGUGCAGUAGUUUCAGAUUUUACUGGGACUUAUGCAUGCUGCUACUUCUUGUGGCGAAUUUAAUCAUCCUACCAGUUGCCAUCUCCUUCUUCAACGAUGACCUUAGCACGCGCUGGAUUGCCUUCAAUUGUCUGUCCGAUACCAUAUUUCUAAUAGAUAUCGUUGUUAAUUUUAGAACAGGAAUAAUGCAACAAGAUAAUGCAGAGCAAGUAAUACUAGAUCCAAAGUUAAUAGCGAAACACUAUUUGAGGACUUGGUUCUUCCUGGACCUCAUCUCUAGUAUACCACUAGAUUAUAUAUUUUUGAUCUUCAAUCAGGUAAACGAUUUCAGUGAAAACUUUCAAAUACUACAUGCGGGUCGCGCGCUGAGGAUACUCCGAUUAGCAAAGCUGCUAUCAUUGGUUCGACUGCUCCGUCUCUCCAGGCUCGUCCGAUAUGUCUCACAAUGGGAGGAAGUAUAUAUCUUGCAGAAUCUUCAAAAAAAGCGCACGGAAAGAAGGGGACGUCUGAGCUCCGACUUUGCCAAAAAGAAGGGGCACACCAAAAGCAAUCUGAUCUUCAAGUUUCUCAACAUGGCUUCCGUGUUCAUGCGGAUAUUCAACUUAAUAUGUAUGAUGCUGUUGAUCGGCCAUUGGUCCGGAUGUCUACAGUUCCUGGUUCCUAUGCUGCAAGGAUUUCCACCAAACUCGUGGGUUGCUAUAAACGAGUUACAGGAGGCUUUUUGGUUAGAACAAUAUUCAUGGGCGCUGUUCAAGGCAAUGUCACAUAUGUUGUGCAUCGGUUACGGACGGUUCCCUCCUCAAUCACUCACCGACAUGUGGCUCACGAUGCUCUCGAUGAUAUCAGGAGCCACUUGCUACGCGCUCUUCCUAGGUCACGCAACCAAUCUCAUCCAGAGUCUCGACUCUUCACGCAGGCAAUACCGUGAAAAGGUGAAACAAGUAGAAGAGUACAUGGCGUAUCGCAAAUUACCACGUGAAAUGCGUCAACGUAUCACCGAGUACUUCGAACACAGAUACCAAGGGAAAUUCUUCGAUGAGGAAGUAAUUUUGGGCGAGCUGAGCGAAAAACUGCGCGAAGAUGUCAUCAACUACAACUGUCGCUCACUUGUGGCCUCUGUACCUUUCUUUGCAAACGCCGACUCCAACUUUGUGUCAGAUGUCGUCACCAAACUACGCUAUGAAGUGUUUCAGCCUGGUGACAUUAUCAUAAAGGAAGGAACAAUAGGAAAUAAAAUGUAUUUCAUCCAAGAAGGCAUCGUAGAUAUAGUCAUGGCCAACGGUGAAGUUGCCACCAGUCUAUCCGACGGUUCGUACUUCGGAGAAAUCUGCUUGCUAACAAACGCUCGCAGAGUAGCAUCCGUCCGCGCCGAGACGUACUGCAAUCUGUUCUCUUUGUCGGUGGAUCAUUUCAACGCCGUGCUAGACCAGUAUCCGUUGAUGCGACGCACGAUGGAAAGUGUCGCAGCCGAACGACUGAACAAGAUCGGCAAAAACCCGAAUCUGGUGGCGCACCGCGAAGACGACACGACAUCCGAAGGGAACACGAUCAACGCAGUGGUUAACGCUCUCGCGGCAGAAGCAGAGCACGUGAGUCUGUCAGACGACAGUGUGGCACGACUGUCGGAGAGGUCGCUGGGGCUAGCACUGCAACCGCUGCAGGCGGCAUCGUGUCGCAUGGCAGGUGUGGCCCUACCGGGGCUGGGCGUAGCGGCUGCGCUGCCGCGUCCCAAGUCGGAGCACGACUUCAGUUCGACGCAGGCUCAGCCGCCGUCGUUGUCGUCGGUCGGAGCCGCCUUCCACAAAUCGGACGCGGGCAUCGCACCCUGACGCCGCACGCUCUGCUAGGCCUGCCGCGGCACGCCGCGACGCGACGCGACGCUCCCGACACUAGGCUUAGUGCGAGGGCCGCUCGCUAGUUGUAGCGUAGACUCGACUCUAGUAGCUGCGACUUCGCCGGCCGCCCGCCGCGCGCGACGCCCCUUGAAUCUCAUUUUGUGAUCUUAUACUUAAUUCUCCUGUGUUAUAAUUUAGGUUAAAUUUUAUAUCAUUGACGCUGUGAGGAAUCGAUGAAUACGUGACGUAUUCCGAUUGUAUAGAUAUAAAUGUAUACCUGUUGUGUAUUGAAAAAAACGAUUACUAUUAAAUCUUUAUAGGGAGAUCUUUAUAGAUACCUUGCCAUUAUUAAAAGAAAAAAUAAUGAUUUAGACUAGACUGAAAUUUAAAAAUAUCAAUAUUUUAUGCUACAUGUAAUGACGUUUGAAAUUGAUCUUUGUUGAUACGGGGUAUUCGAUGGCGAAACGGUGGGAUAUAAGUGCAUAGUAAUAAAUCAACGUGCCUGAAUAACACGGUUCAGAGACUUUAUAUUGUUCCAUCGAUUUCCGUUCCAUUAUUUUAUUUUACUGUGUAACAGUGUUAUUGAAUCGUUGCGGAGUACGUGGGGAGGUGACAUUUGUGACGCAUUCUCGGCUAAAAAUUAUGAUUUACAACUAAGUUAACUUGUUUCGAUUAUCAGUUAAGCUUUCAAUUGCGGACUAAACAGAAAAGGAACAGCAGCCUUCUAAUAUUUAACAAACGUUAAACACAAGAAUUACAAGGAAACAUUCCUUAGUAUAUAUCUAAUUGCGCCUCACAAAAAUCUCACGCUGUACAUGUGACGCACAAGUUAAUUCUCACAUACGAUUCAAAUAGCAUACGUUGCUUUGUUUAACUUUAAUUAUAAGUAGUUAUAUUCACCGAUAUAAAAGGGCAUAAUUAGCGCCAGCAUUAAUAUCUCGGUUUCCUAAGUAGAGGUGAUAUAGUUAGAGCUUCGGAAGUUUCGAGAAUUAUUUCUGAUGUAAAUAUAUUUUAUUGUGAGUUUGCGCGUUUAUGCGGUUCGAUAAAUUUACGUAAGUCUAGGGGGCGUUCGGUCGAGCGGUUCAGUCAAUUAAUCCGUGCUCUCGCGGCGCGAGACGGACGUCUCUUAUCUCAAUGCACCACUAAACUUCAUAAUUUCAUUUUAAUUGUAGGCGAAAAUAAUUUAUUGUCGAUAGUGAUCAUUUAGUAGUAAUAAGUAGGCCAAAGCGUUAACAAAUUCGGACGAAUUACGUAUGUGAUAGUGGGAAUGCUAAAGCUGCACGCGCUUCGGCCGUACUCUCCGCGACCGACAUUAGCGUAGCUCGAAUUCAUGCAACACGUGCUUCAGGACACCGGAAAUUAGUUUCACGUUCCAUUACUCCAACUAUACGCGUUCGAUUCACUCGGAACUGGAACGAUUGCUUAUCAAUAUGGCUUGCCUGUAUUCACACGACUGUAGACACUUAUAUAAUUAGGGGAAUAGUUUUAAUGAGCGACAUAUCCUAGCGAAGCUCGGGAAUAGGGUCGCGGAGCGGACGUCCCGGAACGCGAAAUCAUCAUCGUUGAUUAAUACUUAGUGUCAUGACAAAUUUGUAAAUGACGAUUUUGCGAAUGUUGAACUUUAGCCAAAAUAUAGUUAAUGAAUGAAGAACCAAUAUGCAUUAGCUUUCUUUGUAGAAAAAACGCAGCCUAGUUCAGAUCGACAAUUAACACCAAUAGAUACUUUAUAUACUCAUAAGAUUUAUAUAUUGAUCAUAGCAGAAAGAUUAUCUGUCAAUUUAUCUACAAAGAGAAUAACAAAAUAUUAUUGCGUUUCAUUCCCAGAGGCAUUUAUUUAUUGUUAUUUUAUCAAUCUAACAUUAAUGCUUUUAUAAAUUAUAUGAAUUUUAUAGAAGAAAUCUAUUUUUGAUUGUGAAGUUAAACUAAUGAUUGUAUGAAAGAGAAUCUAUUACUAUAUCAAAAAAGAGUUUUAAUUUAUAAAUGUUAUUUGUUAAUUAUUUAAAAAUAAUUUCUGGUAAUUAUCUAUUUUCACCAAAAGUGCUCAUCGCUGUAAACAAAUUAGAGAAAAUGCAUUAAAAGAAUGAAGAAAACUG